GUGAAUCACAGAUGGUGUCAUCUCGAGGAAUCUUAAUCCGCGAACGACAUCGCGGUCGAGCCCGUGCGCGACAAUUAGCAUAGCGCAAUGGCGACGCGUGCCUACUGUUAUGCAAAGGAGCAACGCGAGCGGGCGAUAUCCACGCGUGCCGCGCGAUGCACGAAGGUGCGAACGGAGCGUCGGGCCUUGAAACCUUCGGCACCUACGGCCGCAAUUCCCAAUAACGUAGCCGAGGAAAGGCGAACCUUGGUCCCGUUAAUAACGCGCUGAUACGGCGCGCGCCGUGCCGAUGCACUUUUACCGUGUUAUACUUCGAUGCACCACCGUGCACAGCACCAUUGAUACCCCGCGAUUGCUGCGAUCCUGGUCGGGACCCCACUCCGAGGUAGACCGCGGACUCCCGAGUUUUACUUUCGUUCGUUCGAGCAUCGCACUCAGUUCAGGUUUACCGCUGCGCGUUCUCGCGCACAGCGCUGCCGCGCGGCUCUUGCGAAAUUCCACGGGGCAGAUGAAUAUCACCGCGUAUUAAGAUACAGGAGUGAUCCUUACGGUUGCGAGGAUAUCGCGCGCAUUAGCACGAGAAAGAUGUUGCUCCACGCUGGGAGCAUCGACGCCGGUGGCACGCUUGUCUUCGUAUCGCGAUUCCUCGCUCUAACGACACUCGCGGGCGCUACGACCUUGCCGGCCAGGAUGCUGCAGGAUCUCGGUAAGCGCACCAACGUCUCCAUGGAGCGGUACAGCCAGGCGGAACGGGCGAUCCUGAACUCCCGGACGCACCUGAAUCGCGGCUCGCCGUCCUGGUACCUCGGCGCCUCGCACGAGAUGACCGAGGGCGCGCAGAAUCUCUCGAGGCGGGCCCUGAGGAUCGAGACGAUGGCGAUGAUGCUCGUGGAGGCGCUCAACAUGUCGUCGAAGCAGGCGUCCUCGGUGCUGCCGACGGUGGCGGCCGUCCUGUGCCCCGACUCGCCCAGCUUCCUGCGGGUGAUGUCCGACUGCAAGAAGGCGGACGUCCGUUUCAGGACGCACACCGGUCGGUGCAACAACGCGCUGCACCCGACCUGGGGCGCCGCCCUGGAGUCUUACGUGAGAUACUUGCCGCCGGAGUACGAGGACGGCGUCUCCCUGCCCCGUACGAGGCUGCCGAGCGCGAGAGAAGUCUCCUCGAAGGUACAUUCCGGCGGAUUGGACCUUAAGCAUCCUUACUUGAUGGCGCUCACCGCGCUUUUCAGCCAGUUCCUCGCGCAUGAUCUCGCGCACACGCCCAGGAUGGAAUUGCCGGACGGCACCAGGCUCAAGUGCUGCGACGUCGACUACGAGAAUUUCCACCCCGAGUGCUUCCCGAUCCGCGCGGAGAACCCAGUCGGGUGCAUGGAGUACGCGCGCUCGGCGCCGCAUCCAGGGAAUUCAUUACAGGGUUGCAAGCUGGGCUCACGGCAGCAGAUCAACCAGGCGUCCUCCUACCUCGACCUGUCGCCGCUUUACGGCAGCUCCGAAGAGACAGCCAGCGCAUUGCGAUCGGGCAAAGGUGGUCUGUUGAAUACACAGCGGAAGAAUCUACCGAUGGCCUCGCCGAGAUACGAGAGCUGCAGGAGCGCGAGCAAGGCGUUCCCGUGUUUCCUCAGCGGCGACACCAGGGUGAACGAGAACCCGGGUCUCACGCUGAUGCACGUGUUGUUCUUGCGGGAGCACAAUCGAGUGGCCGGGGAAUUGGAACGGUUGAAUCCCCAUUGGGACGACGAGAGGCUCUAUCAGGAAGCGCGACGGAUCGUUAUCGCCGAGUUACAGCAUAUAACUUAUAAUGAGUUUCUGCCAGUCAUCCUCGGGGAGAACACCAUCGACAAGUUCGACCUGCGACUGACACCGCGGGGCUACUUCCGCGGCUACGACAGCCGCGUGGACGCGACGCUCGCGAAUUCGGCGGCGUCGGCCGGCCUCUUCUUCGUCGCCGCGCUGACCCCGAAAACCCUCGACCUCGUGGACUCGCGAUCGGCGCACAAGUCUGGCGAAAGGUCCUUACUGUCGGCCUUCUACGCGCCGCAGGAGCUCUACGAGGCUGGCGCGAUCGACCGGCUGAUCGUCGGAGCUACAGCGGGACAUUCUAGGAAGCCUCUGCCUCCGGGCUUGAACGAAAUACUCCUGGAACGAUACUUCCACGACGGGAAAACCAACGACGUAGCCGUGGACUACGCUGCGCAAAUUAUACAGCAAGGAAGGGAUCACGGUCUGCCGCCUUACGUCAGAUGGCGAGGCUUCUGUCAUCUGCCGGAUCUCACUGACUUUCAGGACCUCAAAGGCAUGGUGACCAAAGAUACUAUCGAGAAACUUCGAGCAGUCUACAAAAAUGUAGAGGACAUAGAUCUGGUGACUGGAGCACUUUCGGAAGCACCGGUACCCGACUCCGUUCUCGGACCGACGUUUCUUUGUUUGCUAGGCCGAACGUUUCGGAAUAUCCGUCUGGGCGAUAGGUAUUGGUACGAGAAUGGAAAUACCCCCGGUUCAUUAACGAUAAAGCAGCUGGAGGAGAUACGAAAGAGUACGAUGGCGCAAAUUUUAUGCCGCAACGGCGACAGACUACAGUGGAUGCAACCGCGAGCUUUCAUCCUGAAAGAUCCUUUUCUGAAUGAUAUGACAAAUUGCACGGUCUACAUAGCAGGAGCCAUGAAUUUCACAGCUUGGAGAGAAAGGACCGAAGACGCGGUUUAAUCGGACUCUCACGUCCAUUAUCGAACUUCGAUACUGUUCAUGUUAAACGAUAUUGUUCCUGACCAUAUUAGGGAUCGCAUGUUCGGUUGAAAUCGGUGAGACACCCUGUUUUUCUCGCGUGCCAGUUUCAAAAUCGCGUGAAUAAAAAAAUAUUACAGACGCUAUCGUUGAGUCGAAUUAACUCACAGUUGAUACAACUUAUCUGUAGCGACUAAUUCGACAGACUUGCAAUCGUGAUUUCACUUCGAAUAUGAGCCAGGUCGAAGUCGAUCGAAUGAAACUCUCCUAAGAAAAAGUUCACAACAAACGAAAGUUACAAAAGUAAAAUAUUUUUUUAAUAAUCGAUUCAUCGUUGAAUGACAUUCCUUUUUGUAAUUGAGAUUGUAACGUGCGUCGAUAGUUUUAAUACCUCAUUGUAACGAAAGAAGAACUGUUCAUAAUGAUCUCCAUCUCAUUUCUAAUUACGCACAUUUGUUAAUACACAUUUUGUUGUACUACUCGUUGUAAUUUUAUUGCAAGCUACCAUCGUUAUUAUAGUUUCGAGUUAUUUAAUCUUUAAGACUACGAGUACGUUUUUCAAGUGCGUUUGCAUCACCGACAUUCAAUGUAAUGCACUGCUAAAAAGAGCAUGACGCAGUUCAAAUUUGAAAAUUCCAAUCGAAUAAAAUGUAGGAACGCGUGCGUGCACGCAAUGUUCUAACGGUGAAUAAUACACGAUGGAACGACACACGAGUGUCGAUGGAGUAAUACACCGAAUAAUGAUGUAUAUAAUACGCACGCAAAUAGCUCGAUCGUUGGAAUCGAGCACUUUCGGUAGCAUACGUCGUCUUAUUAUUUUUCAUUUUUUUGUAGAUCCGGUCUCAGGACUCUAACUUAUUUUAAUUUUGAUGUGUAUU